AUCUAUAAUCCCUUAAUUAUUUUAUGAUAAGAUAGGUAUUUUAUUUUAUGCAAUGUAUUCCACGUAAGUAAUAACUACAACUAGUAUAAACACCUUGAAUACUUGACACCAUAAUCACCAUUCUUUCUACUCCUCUAUACCAAAGAAAAACAUCCUCCUACAUUCAUAGUUUUUAUACUCUAUCAUCAAUCAAAAAUGGCAAGCUCAUCUUCUACUCAACAUAUUCCACGUCAUCUCCUCAACCACCUUUACGGCGGCGGACCCACACCCACACCCACCUCAGCACCACCACCAACACCCUCAACCCUACAACCACCAUCUCUCUCCUCCACGUCAGACUCCGCCGCAGCUGACACCCUCUCUCGCCUUCUCCACCGCCUCCCUCCUAACCUCUCUCUCCCCACUCGUCUAUCUCCACGUGGCACUGCCAAGUCGUCAUCAUCAUCACCACAACAACAACCUCUCCCUACACUUUCUCUCUCCUCCACAUCAUUUAGUAGUAGUCGUAGUUCGUUUGAACUCGGCUACUUCCAACUCACCCACCACUCUAUCACCCCUCAACUCGCGGAGUCCGCUGAGUCGGACUCGCGUUCACUCUUCGAGCUACCACUCGACAUUAAACUUAGCUCCUUCCCUGAUGAAUGGCCUCUCGGCUUCAACAACGACAACGACGAUGAUGAAGAUGAUGAUCAUAAAACGGGGUCGUUUUGCUUGGAUGGAGAAUGCUCUAGUACUUAUAAUACCGAGUUAAGUUUAGCAAGUUUGAGAGAGCUGACCCGUGAGUUGGAGAAGGUGGGGUUGGAGGUGGUGGAGAAGGUGGCUAGUGCAGUUGGGCUUCAGAACCCGUUUAGAGGUGGUGAAGAGGUGGGCCACAAGCCCAAACAAUAUAGUACGUUGAUGUGGGUAUCAUCAACAAGAUCGUACGGUGAGAAAGGGAGGGAGGUGUACCCGUAUGUGGUGGGGUUGCAGUACCAGAUUAGAGCAAGGAAGUUGGAUUUGUUGUCGGAUUCUGGUUCGGUCAUUGUGGAGCCGAUGGUUGGGUCUGUAUUGGUUACGCUUGGUGACAUUGCUCAGGUUUGGAGCAAUGGAAAGCUAAAGAAAGUGAGAGGAAGACCGGCUCCGGUUUUGGAUGAUGCAAACUCAAGCUUGCCUUGCAUAUCAAUGACAGUGCUACUCACCCUUCCUCUUGAGAGCACUGUCUCACCCUUUUUGAACAUCUUUAACAAGUCCAUGGACCACAACAACCGCGAAAAGGAAACAUUAGAACCAGAAGAUGAAGAUAAUAAGGAAGGUGACAACAGUGAUAAUGAUCUUCUAAGCAUUGAGCCUAGUAUUAGUACCAACCAUGGUAAUAUUAAUGAUGGUAAAGAGGAUCGGAGGGUAUUUAACUCAUUUUCUUUCGAGGAUUAUGCUUGGAGAGUUUACCAUGAACGACUUCACUUUAAAGACCCUCUUGAUAGAUAUCGCGUUAUUGAUUGAUUCGGCCUACAUUGUUCUUGGAUCUACCUUGCAUUUGCAUGUUUUUUUUUUUUUACUAUACAAUUCGGAUUUAUUUUUUGUUCUUUUGAUGGAAAUAGGUACUACAGGAAGGCCUUGCUCUGUUUUUCUUUGGGAAAAUUGGUUGUUUGAUGAUUCCAUAUGGUACUACUUGUACCAAUAUGAGAUGAAUUUGAAGUAUAAGCAUUUAGAAGCUGUUUUUUGCAAGUGUUUUUUUUUUUGGUGACAAAACCAAAUAGAUAUUGUAUUAAUAUUAGCUAUUGUGUUCAUAUAUGUUUGUCUUUGGCUUGUAUGAA